CGUUAUUACCAAAACCUUGCUUGAGAAAAAGUUCAAAGGUUACAUUAGGUGUGCCUCUUUCAGAAAAUUUCAUUGAUGUGUUGUUGUUGUUGGCCUUGGAGAUUCAAGAUAUAAUGGCUGCAAAUGGGAUAAAAAAGACCACAUCACUGGUGGGCUAUGCCGUUGUGCCUAAUGCUCGAGAUGUACUGUGUAGUCUCUAUGCUAAGACCCUCUCUCUAGUUCAAUCAUUUCCCCGUGACUCGGGUUAUCGACGACAGUCAGAGACAGUGGUCCAACAGAGACUAGCUAUAGUGCAGGCAGACUCCUCUCCUGAGAGUAUAGAGAAAAAGAUUGGCUGUGGGCAAAUGGAGGAGCUUAUUGAUCAGGCUGAGAGAGAGUUGUCACUAGCUGUCAAGAUGGAUGGAUGGAAACCAUGGGAACCACUCGUAGCCGCACCUCCUCCCAACCAGUGGAAGUGGCCUUGAGACUAAACAAACACUUUAAUUAGAUCAUUGUACGUAAUUAUUACCAAAGUUUGUUCAACGUGUGUCAUAAUUAUGAUAAAUUGCACAACUUA